CCCUUGAAAAAGGGAGCAUCAAAAAUUGUCUAGUAUACUUAUUUUGUCACAUCUAAGUUCAUCCCACACCUACACUAGUAAGUACCACUGCUCGGGAGAAAAGUAUUGAAAAUAGCAUAAUUUUAAUAAACAGUACUAAUCGAUUCAUUUGAAUCAUUUCAAUGACAAUAAAUCUAAAAAUACUACACAGAUAGCUGUUUUUCAAGCAGCAUCAAGAAAUGGAAAAUUUGUGUGUGUUGGCUAGUGAUAGAAUUCGAGGCCAAAUGUCUCAUAUUCGAGUCCUCCGUCACACGAUAUUUAAAAUUCGUGUGUGAAGUCCGUCGGCGCUGAUUUUCAUUGAUGUAUCUGCUUGCAACAGUCCAAUGAUGUCCAGCUGCUUAAAAGCAUGGUUACAUCCAAACAGCUGUGAGAAUAACCCCCCAACACCCACCCCCCAGCUUCCUUGAAACCUAAAACUAAUAGUAACAUCUAUUUCUUGAUAUAAUUCACCAAACUCCCAUCCUUGGAUAAAAAUGCAAAAAAACUAUAAUAUGUGGUUUGCAUUGCAUGGCAUGCAUGUUGAAUCCAUUACUCUCACGUCAUUAGCUUAGCUGUCUCUUCUCCUAUUCCCUUUCCACACGCAUGCAUCCCUUUCCCACCAACUCAUCCUCAUCUUUAAUCUAUUUCACUUCAAAAACCCUAUUUAAACCCCUUCUUCAAGUUCACUCUCAUGCACACCACCUACUUUUUUAUAGAAUUCAAAGCAAAAAAAAAAAAAAAAAAGAUUAGAUGAUUCUUCAAGUUGCUUUACCUCAGAUGAAGAUGUUCCCUGUGCUUCUGCUGUUGCUAGCAGCCUUUGCUGGGGCUGUUCUUGCUGGUGGCAAUUUCAACCAAGAUUUCGACAUCACGUGGGGCGAGGGCCAGGCGAAAAUACUCGAUAACGGGAAGCUUCUUACCCUUUCCUUGGACAAGGCUUCUGGUUCUGGAUUUAGGUCCAAAAAUCAGUACAUGUUUGGGAAGAUUGACAUGCAGAUCAAGCUCGUUGCUGGUAACUCUGCUGGCACCGUCACGACCUACUACUUGUCUUCCUUAGGGUCGAACCACGAUGAAAUCGACUUCGAAUUUCUCGGCAACCUCACUGGGGAUCCUUACAUCCUGCACACAAACGUAUUCGCACAAGGGCAAGGUAAUAGAGAGCAGCAGUUCUACCUCUGGUUCGAUCCCACAAAGGACUUCCACACCUACUCCAUCUUGUGGAACCCUCUCGGCAUCAUAUUCUCAGUAGAUGGAACUCCCAUCAGACAAUUCAAGAACCAUGAAUCCAAAGGGAUAUCUUACCCCAAAAACCAGCCGAUGUGGAUCUUCUCGAGCCUGUGGGAUGCAGAAGAUUGGGCAACAAGAGGAGGGCUCGUCAAAACUGACUGGACACAAGCCCCUUUCACGGCCUCCUACACAAACUUCAAUGCGCUGGCUUGCACGAGCCCAUCCGGUUCCUGCUCCAAGAACUCGUCUGCCAAUUCAUGGUUCUCUCAGUCGCUGGACAAUCCUGGGAUAGAAAGAAUAAAAUGGGUGCAAAAGAACUACAUGAUCUACAACUAUUGCACCGAUUCCAAACGUUUUCCAAACGGAUUUCCACCAGAGUGCUCCAUCAUAUGAUAAGAUACCAGAAUUUGUCAUUGAUUACUUAAACCAAUCCAUGCUCAGAGGUUCUGAUGAGCACCUGCUGCACAUAUGUUAUUCUUUCAGUAAUGUGCCGAAUAAACAAAAAACAUGUUAGCCGAAA